UGUUCCAAUACAAGCGGCUGCAGAGAGGUUGGAGCGUGCAGCCAGUGCUGGGAGCUGGAGAGGAGAUCUUCCUGCAGGAGUUUUCCCUCAGACUGGAGGAUUUUCAGGGAUCCAGAAGAUUUUGAGGACCUUCAAGAAAAAAACGUAAAGAACUUGAAGAAAACUUGAACUUGUGGCCAUAGAAGAAAUGAUUGGCGCCGCCCUCCCUCUCCUGUUCUGCCUCGUGACUCUCUGUUCAGCUCGGCCUCAGCCAGCUUCUCCACAGAGGAUCCAAUGGAGGUCGUCCGGCACACUGGCGGGGAAGGUGGUGUUACCGUGUUCCUUCACCAUGACAUCAGCAUCUCACAGCGCCUCCACGCCUCUGCCGCUCUCUGCUGAGGACCUUCGGAUCAAGUGGGUGAAGCUGGAAGGGCAGGACGAGAAGUUGGUGCUGGUGGCACAGAACGGCAUGGUGAAGGCGGGACAGAGGUUCCACGGCAGGGUGUCGGUUCAGAACCACCCGCCGUCUGUUGGGGACGCCUCGCUGGUGAUGGACAACCUGAGGGCCAGCGACGCCGGGCUGUACCACUGCGAAGUGGUGCACGGUUUGGACAACACCCGGGACACGGUCAGCCUGAACGUCUCUGGUGUGGUUUUCCACUACAGAGCCAACAGCAGUCGCUACACCCUGGACUUUCACCAGGCAAAAGAGGCGUGCCGCUCCAUCCAUGCCUCCAUCGCCACACCCGCACAGCUGGACGCCGCCUUCCAGGACGGCCUGGACCAGUGUGACGCCGGCUGGCUGGCAGACCAGUCAGUUCGGUAUCCGAUCACGCGGCCUCGACGGGGCUGUGAGGGAGACCUGAUGAGCCACAGAGGCGUGAGGACGUACGGCGUCCGCGACGCCACCGAGAAAUACGACGUUUACUGUUUCAUAGACCAACUGAACGGCGAAGUCUUCUUCCCCCCCUCCCUCAGUGAUAAGCUCACCUUGCAGCAGGCGAGAGAGGCGUGUGAGCGGCACGACGCUGCGCUGGCGUCACCUGGUCAGCUGUUCGCCGCUUGGAGGGCGGGGUUUAACCGCUGUGACUACGGCUGGCUGUCUGACGGUAGCGUCCGCCAUCCCGUCACAGUCCCCCUGCCUCAGUGUGGUGGGGGCCUGCUGGGGGUUCGAACCCUCUACAAGCACAAAAACCAGACUGGCUACCCCGACCCAGGGGAGCGUCACGGAGCGUUCUGCUUCAAAGCCAAGCUGCCAGAACUGACCCCCCAUGAGGACACCCCAGCCGUCUCGGCAGUACCCCCCCUCACCCAGACACCCUCACAACCUCAGCAAGUGGAGCUCCAAGCUGGAGCGACAGAAACUACCGAGUUCUCCCGCACAGAACGCCAGCCCACCUCCCCCCAUACGACCACCUCCCCCAACCCCCCCACCACCUUUGACGACUAUGACGUUAAAGACUUUGAAAUUCCUCGCUUGGAGUCCAUUCCAUCAAGAGGAGAUACCAUACCAUUACCCCCGUUACCCAGCUUUGAACCACAGCCUCCAAAACUUGACAUCUCACAUGAUGGCGGGGAGGGGGGGGCAGUGGACAGCAGCAGCAGCGGUGCCCCCCCUGCUGGAACGGAUGAAAGCAGAGCUGUGAGCCUCCAAACUACAACAGUGGAGCCAAGCUGGUCUCCAAAACACGCCGCAGAGGUGGGAACCCCAAGACAAGAGGUGACAACAACCCCCCCACCACUUCCAGAGGUUUUCACCGCAGAGUUGGACCCCCCCUCCUUCUCUGUGGAACCAGGACACCACCCCGCCGUGGUCUUCAAGGAACACCUUCCCCCUGGAGCUGCAUCUGAACCGGAGCAGUCUGGAGUCGUUCCUGCGGUUGCAGACACCUUUGAUCCGGCGUCCGUCCACAUCAUCAUCGUCAGCAUGCCCAGCUCCAACCACUCAGUUGUGCCGGAGAUGGACGUGGUGUUGGAUCUUUUGAAUAAGCCUUUAAAUCUCUCCCAGUCCCUCCCGUUCCACAACGACCCCACGCAGUUGACCAGCGACGGAGCUCUGGGCAGUGGGACCUCCGACCCCCUCGACCCUUUCGCCACCUCCCCACCCCCAAUGAUCCGCUUCAUUAACGAGACAGAAGAGUUGUCCUUUGAGCCUGAACUCGCAGAAGAAGCCAGAGGAGAUCAGUUUGACAUUGUCACACCUGGUCAGCCGAGGACUGAGGAAGUGGACGACACGACCGCCUUUGACUACAUCGUGAGUGAUCCUCACAUGGAGAAGACGGUUACAGAGGAAACAACAAUAACAGAGGAAACAACAAUAACAGAGGAAACAACAAUAACAGAGGAAAUGACAGACGAUCUGAAGACCACUUCAGAUCCUGAAAAGAAGGUAUUUGAUGCCGUCACAGACUUUAAGGCCCUGAGGACUGAAGAACCAACACAAACCACCUCAACGGUUCUGCCCUCAGUCUUAUCAAACCCUUUAACAACAUCGAGUUCAGUCAUCUACCCAUCUAGUUCUGAUGGUGUCCUAACUUUUGAAGUCCCAGAGGGCUCUGCAGACAGUCAGGCCAUGCCCCAGGCAGAGGGCUCUGCAGAUGGCGUUCCCACUCCAGCGUCAGACCGCCUGCCAGGUGGGACAGAGGUUUUUACUUUCAUCCCAGACACAAAGCCUGAGGAGACGAGCACAAAGACCAAGACCAAAGACUUUGAAGGGUCUGUCUUUGGAGAAGAUGUGAUUUCUGAGCAAGAACAUUACUCCAUAAAGCUGUUCACGACACCAAGUAAAACUCCACCCAUUCAUUCCACACUUCACACCCAGAAGCCUCCAUCUGGAGCGAUGGAUGACCCGACUGCAAAUGCUGGUACAGAAAGAGGUUCAGGUGUAGAGCAGCUGUCUGGGGAUGAAGAGGGGCAGCCCUCUGGGGAACCGGUCGGUCUCUUUGACCCACAUGGAGAGGUUAAAGUUACUGUUUUGCCAGAUGUUCUAGUUCUGUCUGGGGACCAGACGGUCUCAACAACACUGGAAACUCUUACAGAUCUCAAGAACGAAUCAACAGCAAGAACCAUAACCAAAAACCAACAAGUCAAACUGACUACGUACACUUCAGUUCACCAAACCAAAGCUCUACCCUCAACGUGGUCAACCACAGAGAGCCCUGAUGGUCAACCUGAGCUUCUAUCCUCAACAUGGUCAACCACAGAGAGCCCUGAUGGUCAACCUGACCUUCUACCCUCAACGUGGUCAACCACAGAGAGCCCUGAUGGUCAACCUGACCUUCUAUCCUCAACAUGGUCAACCACAGAGAGCCCUGAUGGUCAACCUGACCUUCUACCCUCAACGUGGUCAACCACAGAGAGCCCUGAUGGUCAACCUGACCUUCUACCCUCAACGUGGUCAACCACAGAGAGCCCUGAUGGUCAACCUGACCUUCUAUCCUCAACAUGGUCAACCACAGAGAGCCCUGAUGGUCAACCUGACCUUCUACCCUCAACGUGGUCAACCACAGAGAGCCCUGAUGGUCAACCUGACCUUCUACCCUCAACGUGGUCAACCACAGAGAGCCCUGAUGAUCAACCUGAGCUUCUAUCCUCAACGUGGUCAACCACAGAGAGCCCUGAUGGUCAACCUGAGCUUCUAUCCUCAACAUGGUCAACCACAGAGAGCCCUGAUGAUCAACCUGACCUUCUAUCCUCAACGUGGUCAACCACAGAGAGCCCUGAUGGUCAACCUGAGCUUCUAUCCUCAACAUGGUCAACCACAGAGAGCCCUGAUGGUCAACCUGACCUUCUACCCUCAACGUGGUCAACCACAGAGAGCCCUGAUGGUCAACCUGAACUACUACCCUCAACGUGGUCAACCACAGAGAGCCCUGAUGAUCAACCUGACCUUCUACCUUCAACGUGGUCAACCACAGAGAGCCCUGAUAAUCAACCUGACCUUCUACCUUCAACGUGGUCAACCACAGAGAGCCCUGAUGAUCAACCUGAGCUUCUAUUCUCAACAUGGUCAACCACAGAGAGCCCUGAUGAUCAACCUGACCUUCUACCUUCAACGUGGUCAACCACAGAGAGCCCUGAUAAUCAACCUGACCUUCUACCUUCAACGUGGUCAACCACAGAGAGCCCUGAUGAUCAACCUGAGCUUCUAUUCUCAACAUGGUCAACCACAGAGAGCCCUGAUGAUCAACCUGGGCUACUACCCCUGAUUAAAUUGUCCACUCAAAGCCCCAAUCACGGUACAGCGGCUCCAUCCACAAGCUUUACACAAACACUUCACCAGACCACGCGUUCUACCACUUCAUCUAUUUACACCUUUGACCACAGCCCUCAAUCCAUCCCUCACUGGGCUCUUAGCCCUGACCCGUCUGCUACCGCUCUGCCAGAGGAGUUUGUUGAUUAUGACAAAGCGAUUGCCCCCAAUCUCCUGGAGUCCCACCCACAGUUACCAGUAAAGAUGAAGACUACAGAGCAGCCAAAGACGGAUGCUGCAUCUACUCCUUUUGAGGAGUCCACCACUGUAAACAUCAGAGAUCUUGAGCCGUGCUUGUACAGCCCAUGCCACAACGGAGGGUCCUGCUUCCAGAAAGAGACCCGGGACAUCUGCCUUUGUGCUCCUGGAUUCACCGGGCAGUACUGCGAGAUAGAUGUAGAUGAGUGCCACUCCAACCCGUGUCUGAACGGCGCUACGUGUCUGGACGGGAUCGAUUCCUUCACCUGUGCCUGCCUGCCCAGCUAUACAGGGAAGCUCUGUGAGCAAGACACGGAGGUGUGUGGAUCCGGUUGGCAGAAGUUCCAGUCCCACUGCUACAAGUACUUCAAGCAUCGGCGGCCCUGGGAAGCUGCAGAGAGGGAGUGUCGACUGCAGGGAGCCCACCUGACCAGCAUCCUGUCCCAGGAGGAGCAAACCUUUGUCAACCGUCUGGGUGGAGACUACCAGUGGAUCGGUCUGAGCGACAAGAUGUUUGAGCGAGACUUCAGGUGGACCGACGGCCAGCCAAUGCAAUACGACCACUGGAGGCCCAACCAGCCGGACAGCUUCUUCCACGACGGGGAGGACUGCGUGGUGAUGAUCUGGCACGAGGGGGGGCAGUGGAACGACGUGCCCUGCAACUAUCACCUGACCUUCACCUGCAAGAAGGGAACAGUGACGUGCGGUCAGCCGCCGGUGGUGAAGCACGCUCGAGUGUUCGGCGCCCCGAAGCCCCACUAUGAGAUCGGCAGCAUGGUCCGCUAUCACUGCAAGCAGGGCUUCAUCCAACGACACGCCCCCACCGUUCGCUGCCGUGACAACGGGGAGUGGGACCUGCCCAAAGUCGCCUGCAUCGCUGCUGCAGCCUUCCAUCAGUCCCACGACCUUCCACGACGCAGCGGCGAGCUGCGGAACAGGCCACACCUCCACCACUCAGAGAGUCCCGACAAACCCGACCAGAACCAGGAGCAGAGCUUCAGCCUCCUGCGGAGCCUCUGGGACCCUGUUCAGAACCGAGUGGAGACUCUGUGGUGGCCGACCCGGGAGCAGAAGCACUGACUGGGUCUGUGGUCCUGAUCCGAUCUGAGCGGCAGCGUUGGCAGCACCGCGUCGAUCCAGAAGCCUCAGCAGACAAACGUCGCGUUUCUGCGAUCUGACUGCUGCUGCCGCUCAGACCAAACGUUUUCCAGAGAUUUUAUCCGACUCUGUCGGCGUUUCACCUCAACAAAUGCCAACUUUUAGAUUUAUUCCUAUAAAACAACAAAAGAUCCGAAAACCCAUUUUAAAACUUUGUCAUCCGAUAUUUUUCAGUCGUGUGAAGUUUGGACUUUCAUUAGACCCCGCCUCUUUUUUCUUGUCUGGUUUGUGAGUCAGAAAGUGGAGGACGGGACUCAAACCCACAAUCUGUGUUUUUGGUUGUGUUCAGUCUGUCCAACAUCAAGGCAGGUUUCACAGCGGCUCAGGACCCUGAGGAGGCCUGAGGAGGUCUGAGGGGGUCUGAGGAGGUCUGAGGGGGUCUGAGGAGGUCUGAGGGGGUCUGAGGAGGCCUGAGGGGGUCUGAGGAGGCCUGAGGAGGUCUGAGGGGGUCUGAGGAGGUCUGAGGAGGCCUGAGGAGGUCGGAGGGGGUCUGAGGAGGUCUGAGGGGGUCUUUAGUUUGUUUCUGUCCAAGUUUGUUGGAGAGGAACGUCCUGAAGCCUCCGUGAAUGGACGGAUGACGUUCAGGCUUGGCACAGACUUCUCAAAACCCCACAGAUGUGGUUCUGUCAGCGGUGAAGCAGCGGCGUCUGAGAAUCCCUUAAAUCUCCUCAGCGGACCGAGACGGGGGAGUUUGUGAGGGGCGGAGGUGGUUCUGGACCUCUCUGCAGACGUUUCCUCCUUAGAACCUUUCUGCUGCAGCUGAGUCAGAAAGGAUCAGGACGUUUGCAUCCACAGGCCUCUGUGCUGGGGGGGGGGUCCUUCAGUCCAACAACAGAACUCUGCUCCACAGCUUCUCUUCUGUUGAAAAAGCAGCAAAAGUUUGGAUGUUUACGUCAGCAUCAGAUAUUAGAAAUAAAACGUUUGGUUUUACGGUGACUCUUUCAUUUCUGUUGUUUUCGUACAGUUUUUUGGUUACAAAUAAAGAUUAAUGAUUUAUUUUUUAAUUCUCUGCAGAAACACAUCAGCAUCAUGACUGCGUUUUGCUGCAGAUCAUAUUGAGACAUUUCACACAAAUACGAUAUGAAUCCACAGGAACGGAAACAAAGUGACGACUUCCUGUUGACAGAUUCCUGUUUGUGAAAUGUUGGGAUGUUUUGGAGCGGCUGUUGAUGGUUUCUGGAUUUUUCUUUCUGGAGUCAGAAGGAACCUGAGGGUUCAGACGGGAAAGUGUUGUUGUGUCGUCGCUGCAUCACAACGCCAAGCUUCCUCCACCGCCACCACACCGCCGCCGGUGGAGCAACAGGAACUUCAGACUUUUGAUUGAAGGAGAGACUUCCCAAUGAUUUCCCAGGAUUCUUUGCUCCUCUUCUGGCUCAUCUGCAGACUCUGAAAUGAACAUAAGGAGCACAGACUGAACUCUUACCGGCUGUUUCCUGAUGUUUCUCCACUGUCUGGAUCUGACAGAGCAGACCUUCUCAGCUGGUCGGCGCCGUCUGCUGUUUGGGUGACAAUAAAAGGCGUUUGACCUCCGGAGGUUUGAUCUGAAGUCCCUGAUUUGACGGAUGUUUCUAUUCACCCGUCAUGUUUAGCCUCUCUGUUGGAUUUUAUGAAAAUCCUGUUUGUGCUGUUUUUAACGUGUUCUUGUGGCGUUUUUCGGAUGGAGGACAUGAAUAAAAGACUUUAAGAUUAAAA